ACUACGCGUUCAGUUACCAGCGAUAAGUCGACACAUUAGGAGGUGCUCCCCAGAGGAAGUGAUAUUUCUGGCAAGUUAAAUUAAUCCACAAUGCCACCACCACCCCACGAUCACUGCGGAGGGCCACCCCCACAUCGCCGCGGGCCCGUGAUUAAGGUCCAGAUCGCACCUCCAUGGCCACGUCGUCACCACCGCCCACCACCCCAAGUGGUGGUGGUGCAGCAGCAGCCACCCCCACCACCACCGCCAGUUAUGGUGGUGCAACAGGCGCCGCCACCGCCCUACUACCAGUACCCACCACCCCCACCACCCUCCGGGAGCAGCCACUACCACAACCCACAAUAUUGAGAAAGAACUUUGAUCUGACAAAUCUGCUAUGAUGAAUUUAUUUAAGUUAGCCUUACUUGACAACCAUAUAUUUUUAAUAAAAUAUAUUAUUUAAACA